AAGUAGAACAGCAGAGAAGCGUGAGAAGGACUAGACACACUCAGCAGCCAGAGGCCACGGGCAGACAGAUCGCAGCGCUGUAGACAAUAUGCUGUUCUUGGGGCAGAAGGCCUUGCUGCUUGUCUUGGCAGUCAGCAUCCCCUCUGACUGGCUACCCCUAGGGGUCAGUGGUCAACGAGGAGAUGAUGUGCCUGAGACAUUCACAGACGACCCUAAUCUGGUGAAUGAUCCCUCUACAGACGAUACAGCUCUGGCUGAUAUCACACCCUCCACAGAUGACCUAGCCUCAGCUGGUGACAAAAAUACUACUGCAGAGUGCCGGGAUGAGAAGUUUGCUUGUACAAGACUGUACUCUGUCCAUCGACCAGUCAGACAGUGUGUGCACCAGUCCUGCUUCACCAGUUUACGGCGCAUGUACAUCAUCAAUAAUGAGAUCUGUUCCCGACUCGUCUGUAAAGAACAUGAAGCUAUGAAAGAUGAGCUUUGCCGGCAAAUGGCAGGCCUGCCUCCAAGGCGACUCCGGCGCUCCAACUACUUCCGACUUCCUCCCUGUGAAAAUAUGAAUUUGCAGAGACCCGAUGGUCUGUGAUCACCAAGAAGAAUGAUGAAAGUGUGGAUGAAGGAAUCAAAAAUUCUUUCUCCUCUAACCGGUGCCAUCUGUCCCAUAGACAUGUAUUUUUAAACUAAGCCCUUUGCAAUGCCCUGGCUUACUACCCUACUCUGUAAUUUUCACCGGUGCUGGUAACGUUUGUCUCAUUUUGCAGUACUGACAAUACAUUGUCUAUAUUGUGGCACGGGUUUGCUGAUUUCUGGUGUUGUAGACAAGAUGGACAAAGGAUGGCCACUUGACUUAGGUACAAACACUACAUUCAGCCCCCACAGUAGAAAGGGGCUGGGGUGCGUGGCUUAGUUGGCAGAAAACUUACCUAGCAUGUGCAGCCCUGGGUUUGACGGUAUAAAACUGAGCAUAGCAGUGCAGGAAGAUCAAAACAAAGUGCAUCUUUGGCUACACAUCAAGUUAGAGGGCAAUAUAGAUUAUGUGAGACCCUACUCUCAGAAAAGAAAAAAAAACACCUUUAGGUUAAUAUUUUUUUUUUAAAUGGUGCUAUGAAUUGAUCUCAGAGCCUCGUAUAUACUAGUCAAUGCUCUAUCACUAAGCUACACCCCCUAUCUCCCAAAUUGAUAAAUUUUAAUUAUUAAAUAUACCAGAGACAGGAGCUUGCCAGGGGCUUGAGCCACAGAACUUCCUUCUAGGAAGUCUCCUAGAUUAACUCCGCAUCAUUUACAUAUCCUUCUGUACUCACUUUCACCAGGCUACGUGGCUUGUCAUAAAAUUUGCCCAGCAAGUCUUCUUGAUGGGAAGGUUGUAGGUGGGACAGUAGAUGGUUCAGUUAAGAACACUCGAUGUUCUUCCAUAGGACCUGGGUUCAGUUCCCAGCCAACAUCCACAUGGUGGCUCACAAUCACCUGUAAG